UGGUGCAGGAGGCUGGGGCCAAAAAAUAGCCUAUACACACUGUCAACCUCAGCAGAAGAUGUUGUGCUUUCCUCGCUCAGGGCAAACAAUGGCAUUAGCCUGGAUGCUAUCGGUAUUAGCAAUCGUUUUCUUUCUUUUUGGCACUUGCGUUAAAGGAAAAUUAGUCUCUGCAAAUCCGGAAAAGUCCGCUAAUUUGACCGCUAUUGAGAAAUGCACAGAUGGCGAGGAAUUCAGACUGAUGACACAUGACAUGACUCUAACUGUGGCGAGUCUUGUUGGAGGGGUUUGGACGCCAGAAAGUGGUUACAACGGCAGGAUAAAACACCACUCAGAGUUUAGCGUCAUCUUAACUCCUGUAAACUACAACGACAACGGAAUCUAUGAGUUCACCUGCGGCAGCCGCGUUGUUACUGUCAUCGAGCUGGAGGUCAUUACAACCUGUGACGUUUCUGUGACAGAGGGAGACACAGUCACGCUUCCCUGCCAUUCAUUUACUGCAGGUGGAUCUGCGAAGGUUAUAAGAUGGGAAAAAGACGGAGAGCUUGUGAUUGAGCUGGACCCCUCCUCUGAGGAGAUCAGAUAUGCGGCUAAAUUUGAGAGAAGAGUGUCUGUGUCACCUGAUUGGCAUUUAAAGGGGGACACCUCGCUGACUUUUGAGCGGGUUGAGUCUGAUGACCAAGGAGAUUUCGUCUGCCACGCCCAAGAUAAAGAUGGAAAGAGAAAGCCUUUUGCUGUGAGAAUGAGGGUUAAGAAGUGUAACCUGGAUCAGACCACCUCCAAACCACCGCCUUUAUCUCUGACACAAAACAAGAUGGGAGACUGGGCCAUUGCCAUUCUCGCAGUGGUGUGUUUGAUUGUAGGCAUACUUUUAGAUGCUGGGUUUCGUUGGUUGCUAAACUACUGCAGAUCAAAUAGACCCGCAAAAGAUGUGGAGAUGGACCCUCGCCCUGUUGCUUUGCUGAACGCAAACAGUUAAUUUGCAUUUUAAAGUGUUACAACUGAUGAAUAGCCUAUUGGUUGUGCCUCCUGUAUUUUUUCCUACUUGUUUACUUUGUUUAGCUGUGUUGCCAUUUUUUUCUGAAGUCUGUGUGAGUAUCUUCUUUACCAAAAAAGCACAUUCUGGAUUUUGAAAUGUGAUCAUCUUUUGUUCACGAUUUCUUGUGUCUUCUGUGAGGUGGAGUGAAGGAGCCGAGUCACCUGUUUACAGAACAUCUAACAACAAAAUGAAUUAGCCUAUUUUUUCUCUCAAAAAAUUAAUUAAACGGGUAAUGGAAUAAAAAGCUGCAAGGUUGUAAAACUUAAUUUAAAACAAAGUUGUGCUACACUGUUAUUUCGUUGUAAUCUAAGUGUUUUUGUUAAUGUUCAGUCCUGGCCACCGGUAGUCCUAACGACUGUAACGUUGUUUUUAAACAGCAAGAAAAUGUCCUAAUUUAAUUUUUUCUUUUCUUUCCAGGGAAGUUAAAUUGUCUUAUGCUCUCCCAAAUUACCUGAUGUCCCAAUAUAUCUGAAUUCACCCUAAUGACACCCUAAACACAAUUUUUCACCUCUUUAAAUGAAAAUGUUCAUUACCUCUGAAAUACAUUUUUAAAUGGACGCUCAUUUUAUAUGUGAUUUGUUUUUUU